AUGUUUAUGUUUUUCUUAAUUUUCUCUAUAGAACGCCAUAGAAACCAAUUCGGUCUUAAUCGAUCAAAUCAAGAUAUUGAAUUAACAACAAUUUAUAUCAUCACUCCAACGUAUGCGCGAGCUAAUCAGAUUCCAGAAAUAACAAGAUUGGCCCAAACUUUAAUGCAUGUGCCCAACAUUCAUUGGUUGGUUGUAGAAGACUGGUCUGAUAAAAAUCCAAUGAUAGAGACGAUUCUGAAGAAACGAGGUGUUCAACAUACUUAUCUUGUAGGACCAAGACCACCCAAUCAACUUAAAUAUCCUUAUGCAGUCAACUGUCACCAUGCGGCCUUCAAAUGGAUCAGGGAAAACGCCAAAUCUGGUGUUAUUUUUAUGGCAGAUGACGACAACGUUUUUGAUCUUCGAGUAUUUGAGCAAAUGAGAUCGACUAAAAAUGUAAGUGUUUGGCCAGUAGGGGGAAUGUUCAGAGAGGAGUUAUCUAGUCCAGUCGUGAAGAAUGGAAAGGUAAUUGAUUUUUUAGAUGGUUUUCGACGACAAAGAAAAUUUGCGCUUGAUUGGGCAGCUUUUGCUGUAAGUGUCCAACAUUUCCUCAGUAUCCCAGGAGCCACAGAUCCAUAUCGAAAUGGUUAUGAAGAAGACCUGUUUUUACAAAAUCUACGUUUUGGGCUGGAUGACUUGGAACCAAAAGGAAAUAACUGCACGGAAAUUUUAGCAUGGCACACUAGGACAACAUCAAAAGAUUACCCAUCCUUGAAUAACAUGAAGAAAGAACCUGAUUAUGAAAACACAAACCUUCUGAAACUUUACGCCUCUAUGUUAACUACUGCUCGUAAUAAAGUAUAG